CAUGAACGUCUUAUGGGCUUGUCGGGCCAGAUGUUGCGAAGGAUGUCUGGAUGAGAAGUUCGUCUCGUGAAUUUCUGCUACCAGCCAUGCUGACGAUGCGAUAGCUUUGUUGUCUUUAGCUUUGAUUCCUUUCGCCCCCUGUCACGCAUGCUUUUUCGUCGGAACCCACUUCCCCUCUACUCGAUGAUCGCCGCAGAGGCACUCGUUGUUGAUUCGAACACGCUAGUUCUAAUCUUCUCGAAGACGCAAAUCAAGCAGCUCACUGACCGCGUGAGGGAGUUGGGUGACGAUCGGGAGGGGUCGAAAGAGUUAGAACGACAAAGAAUUGAUGCUGUCAGUCAAAUUAAACGGGUACGCACAGCCACGACAAGCAUGGGUGAUCUACUGAUGUAUUGCGAUAGCAUGCAGAGCUGUUCGGCGGAUGGCAGACACGUCAUUGAUGCACAAUGUAUGAUCGUUGGCAUACGCUGCGAUUGGGCCACGGAAUCGCCGGAGAUCCAUCUGCGGAAUGCACUGAUCGAGGGGUUGGAUCUGGAGAGUCAACAAGGAGAACAUCAAAUACGAUACUAUGUAGUCAGUCGAAAGUACAAACAGUGCACAGGUUUGCGGCAUGGAUCCGGACACUACCAUGGCUGUGGAGAUGGAUGCACUCUCUGAGGAUGUCAUGCGAAUGAUGAAGUGUAAAAUAAGAGUAGUAACUCGCGAUGUACAGUUCCAAUGGAUGUGACGCCACCAACAAACCAAGCAAUUCGACACUCAAAUGUACAUUUCCGCGCCUG